AUGAGUUUAAUAAAACUAUUAAGGAGUCGGAAUUGCUGUUUGUUUGAUUCAUCAUUCUCAAGAAAUUGGUAUAAAAAUAGAAUUUCAAAGAGAAAUAAUAUUUUUUUUGGUAUUUUAUCCAAAAAACAACUAAGUUUAUCAAAAAUAAGAUAUUUUUCAUACAAAAAUAUAGAAAAUAAUCUUUUUAUAUCUAAAGAAAAUAAUAUUCAGUUAAAUAAAUCUUAUAUAGGAUAUUGGCUUUUGGGAUGUUCAAGUCUUGUUUUUGGAAUUGUUAUUCUUGGAGGAUUAACACGUUUGACAGAAUCAGGAUUAAGUAUUACAGAGUGGAAACCUAUUACAGGUAUUUUUCCACCAUUAUCUCAUGAGGAAUGGGUUUCAGAGUUUGAAAAAUACAAAGCUACACCGGAAUUUAAAUUUAUAAAUCAGGAUAUUUCAUUGUCUCAUUAUAAAUUUAUUUACAAUAUGGAAUGGGGACAUAGGCUUCUUGGUAGAAUAAUUGGUGUUGUUUUUGUUCUUCCAGCAGCUUAUUUUAUUAUACGUAGAAAAGUAACGCCGAAUAUGGCCAAAAAAUUGAUUUCUAUGGGGUGUUUAUUAGGAUUACAAGGAUUUAUUGGUUGGUGGAUGGUUAAAUCAGGAUUAAAAUAUGAAAAUUUUAAGGAAAAUAAAUCGAUUCCACGAGUUAGUCAAUAUAGAUUAGCUAUACAUCUUGGAACUGCACUUUUUCUAUAUAUUGGAAUGCUAUGGGCAGGAUUAGAUAUAUUAAAAGAAAAUAAAUGGGCAAGUAAAACAAAUGAAGCUAGAAGUUUUAUUUUUCAAGAAUUAAACAAUCCUCAUCUUCGAAUACUUAAAAGAAUGAUUUUUACACUUAGCGGCUUAGUAUUUAUAACUGCGUUAUCGGGAGCGCUUGUCGCGGGUCUAGAUGCUGGUCUUAUUUACAAUACUUUUCCAUAUAUGGGAAGAUCUUUAAUCCCACCGAAAUCUGAACUCUUUCCUGAAGCAUAUUCUCGCAAUAAUUCUAAGUUAGAUUUAUGGCGGAAAAAUAUAUUUGAAAACCCAGUAAUGGCUCAGCUUAAUCAUAGAAUUUUUGGUAUAAGUACAUUUAUUUUGACAAGUGCAAUAUUUUUUUAUUCGCGAAGAAUGGUAUUUUUGAAAACGACUUCUAUAAACAUAAGAAACACUAUUUCAACUCUUAUGGCUACUAUGUGCAUUCAAGUUAUUCUUGGUAUAUCAACUCUUGUACAUCUAGUUCCUAUAUCAUUAGCCACAAUGCAUCAAGCAAAUAGCCUUAUUAUUUUAACGUUUAUUAUAAUUCUUGGAAAUCGAUUAAGUAUACCAAAUUAUUUUUUGAAAAACCAUCAUGUCUUUUUUUUAUCAAAUCAUUUUAAAUCCAAGUAGAAUUUAAAAUAUUAUUAAACCU